AUGCACCAAUCACCACCCAACACCGCCACAGCCCCCAACGUGCCGCCGCAAGUCAGCGUGAACGGAACCCAACUGCAAGUGCUGGAGAACUUCCCGUGCCUGGGCCGUACACUCUCCCGCAACACCAAGAUCGACGACGAAGUCGCCAACAGGAUCUCGAAAGCCAGUCAAACCUUCGGCCGCCUCCAAAGCACAGUUUGGAAUUGCCACGGUCUUCAACUGAACGCGAAGCUGAAGAUGUACAAGGCCGUCAUCCUGCCGACACUACUGUAUGGAGCGGAGUCUUGGACGGUGUACGCAAAGCAGGCACGCCGUCUGAACCACUUCCCCCCUAGUUGUCUUCGGCGCAUCCUGAGGCUGAACUAGCAGGAUCGCAUCCCCGACACUGAUGUUUUGGAACGAACGGGAAUCCUGAGCAUCUACUCCAUGCUAAGACAAAUGCAGCUGCGUUGGAGCGGUCACCUAGUCCGCAUGGACGACGAGCGACUACCCAAACGACUCUUCUACGGAGACGUCGCGACGGGUUCUCGUCGUCAAGGCGGCCAGAUUCGCCGUUACACGGAUACCCUGAAGUCCUUCCUAAAGCGCCUGCAAAUCAACCCGACCAACAUGUAG